CUUUACUGUUCCGCUGCUCCACUUGUGUCUUGGCGGACGCUUUCUCCAAAAAAAGCAUCAGACGAAAGCUUCACGUUUUUGCUGACUUUAGGUUUCAGCGCCCACAGCGAUAUUUGCCUAUUUCCGGCUUCCUCCUCUCAUUGCACUCUAUAGACGUGUCAGUUAUGUCGUCACGUUUUCCGGACAGAUCAGGUUCGACGAAACGAAGCCGAUCGCGAUCGCCUUCAUCGCGUCAACCCCAGAAGCUUCCCCGCAGAUACGAUGAGAGGGACUACCAGAGCAAUGGAAGAGACCGACCGGCGCAGUCGCAGUCGAGGAAUAUGAAGGAUCAGAUGCGGUUAAAUCAAUUGCAAGAAGACGAGCAAGUGCGUGAAUGGGUAGCGCAGGAGGACGUUUUCGUGCUUAAACAGGCCAAAAAGAAGGCUGAGAUUCGUGUCAAAGAGGGCCGGGCGAAGCCGAUUGACUGGCUUACUGUUACCCUGCGAUUUAUCGAUCCGACGAGGAACCCUCUUGAUGACGAGAUUGUGGACUCGGACCUGGACAUCGUGGAUCCGGAUGGCGUUUUCGAAGGACUGUCUCAGAGUCAAUUGCUGGACUUGGAGAAGGAUAUUGAUACUUUUUUGAGUUUGGAGGCAAAUCCGCAAAACAGGGAUUUCUGGAAGACUAUGAGAAUUAUCUGUCGCGACCGUCAGAAAAUCACGGCUCCCGAAGGGCGUACGCUGAGCUCCGUCGCUGCGGAUAUCAAUAGGCUCUUGAGUCCCAAAACGUACGAGCAACUUCAAACCCUUGAGAUACAGGUCAAGAAAAAGUUGGAUUCUAAUGAACCCAUCGAUACCGAUUACUGGGAAGAACUACUGCGGAGUCUCACCGUCUGGAAAGCACGCGCCAAACUUAAGAAGGUCUUUCAGGCAGUCAUAGACGAACGUGUUCGAGGAUUACGCCAACAACAACGCGACGAGGCGGAGUCGGUUCGGGCAAAGCUUGCACCUCUAGCGCCAGUUAUCCAGCCAUCGACCGAGGGCAAAACGCAAGCUGGGUUAGAUGAAGAAUUUCGUGGUCUUGAUCCUGACCCGCUGCUCCAGGUUCGCCCGGAGGAUAAGGUCUUGGAGAUAGUAGAUGAGUCGAGCUUUUUGGAUCAGGUGGCUCGCGAACGGCAAAAGAUUCUAAAGAUGGGGUUUGUACCUCUCCGCCAGAGGCAAGCAGAGAAAUCCUCUGCUGUUCCUGUGAACCAAACACCAAACUUGCCUGCGGUUACUGGCUCCUCCCGUUUUUCUACCAUACCCAAUGAAGAUUUCUCACAGGCAACAAAGGCACUCUAUGAGCGAGAGCUUGCGAGAGGAGUCAGUGAGAAUGAAGAGAUCUUCACGGGCGAAGAAUCCGUAAGCACGGGGUCCCAGCCUCAGUGGGCGAACAAGUACCGGCCGCGCAAGCCGCGAUACUUCAACCGGGUGCAGAUGGGUUACGAGUGGAAUAAGUACAACCAGACUCAUUAUGACCAUGAUAACCCACCACCCAAGGUGGUACAAGGCUACAAAUUCAACAUCUUCUACCCCGACCUCAUCGAUAAGACGAAAGCGCCGACCUAUCGUAUUGAACGCGAGCACGGAAGAAAGCGCGGCCAGUCUUUUGCAGCAGCUGGUGAAGAAGAUACUUGUCUUAUUAGAUUUAUGGCCGGGCCCCCUUACGAAGAUAUCGCAUUUCGAAUUGUUGAUAAGGAAUGGGACUAUAGCGCCAAGAGGGAAAGAGGCUUCAAGAGCACCUUUGACAAGGUAGACGCGCCGAUUGUUUAGCCCCAGGUUCUGGCUUCAAUUUUAAUCUUCUGACACAAUCCAUAGGGUAUCUUACAGCUACACUUUCAAUUCAAGCGGGUGAGAUCCCCCCCUCUCUGUCGCACAAAGCAUUUUCCCUCUAACAUCCAUGAUAGGUCUACUACCGAAAGUAAGGCCUUGAUAGGAACCUCUACUCGCAUCGACAUCGUUAUAUAUUGAUCUAUCUCGACCCAACUGGUGUAUAGGCGCAUAUGGCUAUAAUAAUGGUAUUUUCGGAGUUUCAAAUUAAGGCAUUAUCUACUAUCAACGUAUCCAUAACUGCUAUAGCAAGGCAACGCACAACCGGGCGAUCUAGUUGGUCGGGAAGUAUUAACCACCAGCUACAGUAUUGGACCAAAUUCGAUCAGCAGACGCUAGAAUGUAUCAUAUCA